CUGCUGCGUCCUGACCACCAACACUGAAGACUUCUUUGGCCCCCUUUUCCUUCCUCCACCUACCUCUCCACCCUCACUGAUCCUGUCCUGCUCCACCUGGCUUUCUGCUUCCUGAUUCAAUCUCUUUGUCACCCUUGAAGUGCUACUGGAGACUCGUUGCCCCCACCUCUCGCUCUUGGCUCAGGCGCUGCCUCAAAAGCCUCCUCAACGACCACAUCGACAAGAUCCGAUAGUCACUAUAGAACGUCAUGGCUGCCAGUGCAGCUCAGGUGUUGCCCCAAGGGGCUGGCUGGGCCGUCGUAGUCGGCCUGGCCAUUGGCUUCUCUGUCGUCAUGAUCUUCAUCACGUGGAUGCAAGAACGAUACACGGGCAUCAGCGCAAAGAACAACGACGAGUUCGCGAGCGCAAGUAGAAGCGUCAAGACUGGUCUCAUCGCCGCAGGAAUCGUCAGCGCCUGGACUUGGGCUGCAACUCUACUUCAAAGCUCAGCUGUAGCGUUCCGCUAUGGAAUCAGCGGACCUCUGUGGUACGCAUGUGGUGCAACCGUUCAAGUCCUCGCUUUUGCAAUGGUGGCAGUCAAAUUGAAGCAGAAUGCGCCGGGCGCCUCGACGUUCCUCCAAGUGAUCAAAGCGCGCUGGGGUGCCGGAGCACAUCUCAUGGUGAUGUUCUUUGCCCUUGUCACGAACAUGCUCGUUGGCAUCAUGCUCGUGCUUGGUGGCUCCGGUACCGUGCACCAAUUGACCGGCAUGCCCAUCUUGGGAUCGAUCUUUCUGACGCCACUUGGGGUGGCCAUCUACACACUUACCGGCGGAAUGCGUGCUACCUUGCUUGCGGAUUACAGCCAUACCGUUGUCCUUAUCGUGCUGCUCUUCGUCUUUGCUUUCACGGUGUACACGCCCGCUUUGUCAGACUUGAUCGGCAGCCCUUCCCGAAUGGUCGAGCUGCUGGCUCAAGCCGCGCCCGUCGAGGGCAACGCCGCAGGAUCCUACCUCACCGUCCGCUCGCGAAGUGGAUUCAUCUUUGGUCUCAUCAACAUCAUUGGCAAUUGCGGGACUAUCUUCCUGGACCAGAGCUAUCAUCAAAGAGGAAUCGCGAGUCAGGUUUCGACGGCGAGCAAAGCCUUUAUUCUGGGAGGCUUGGCGUGGACCGCCAUUCCCUUGACCAUCGCUUCGACGCUUGGACUUGCUGCCAGAGCGCUCUAUGGACAGUCCGAUGCGAUGGCAGUGCUCACCGACAGCGAAAUCUCCGCUGGUCUUCCUGCCCCAGCUGCUGCAGUAGCGCUCCUCGGCAAAAGCGGCGCAGCUGCCAUGUUGUGUCUGCUCUAUCUGGCCGUGACCUCUGCGACUUCAGCCCAGCUGAUCGCGGUGUCUUCAAUCUUCGCCUUUGAUAUAUUUGCGCUCUUCAAGAAGGAGCCCAGCAAGCGAGCAACAUUCAUCGCGAGUCACGUCGCGGUUCCAGUCUGGGCCCUCAUCCUGGGUUGCCUUUCUACCGGGUUCAACUAUGCUGGAGUAGGAAUGGGUUCGCUAUACGUAUGGCUGGGCAUCUGGGUCUCCUCAGCAGUGUUCCCCGUCUUCGCGGCGAUCUGCUGGAGCAAAGCAAACAAGAGAAGCGCCAUGAUCGGCAUGCCGACUGGUCUAGCUUUGGGUGUCAUGACCUGGCUGGUGACGUGCUACAAGCUGGAGGGAAGCUUGACCGUGGCACACCUGAGCGCGGACUACCCCGUACUUGCAGGCAAUCUUGUCUCCAUCAUCAUCCCCACGGUCAUCACAAUUGCUGGGUCGUACAUCUGGCCUGAAAACUACGACUUUGAGGGUACGCGGGCGAUCGGCCGUGAGCCUGCGCGACCAAGCUCCUCGAUGCACGGCUCGCCCAAAGACGAAACCUCCUCAAGCCCCUCUGGCGAUGCCAAAGCGCCUCUCGCCAGUCCCGAGCGUCGAGGCUCUGAAGAGGAGAAGAUGCAGGUGCAAGACUUGGCUUUCCAGAGCGAGCAGGCCAAAGGGGAAAAUCCCGACGACCUUCAAAAGUCUUUCCGCAUGGCGGCGUACAUUUCUCUGCCUCUCACGUUCAUCCUUCUCGUCUUCCUUCCGUGCAUGAUGAUCAUCAAGAGGGUCUGGACCUCGUCCGGCUUGGCAGCGUGGAUCAGCAUCAUUCUGCUGUGGCUGUUCAUCAGCUCCGGCAUCGUCGUCGUCCUGCCUAUCUGGGAAUCCAGACGCGCUCUGGCUGGCAUCCUGCGUGGCAUUGCCAGGGAUGUUCGUCACCCCGGCACAGGCAAGGUCGAGAGGAUCAAUUAGAAUUGCUCUCUAGGUGCCUACCCCGCCUGGCCCACAUCAACACCAAUGUGUCCUUUCUAGCAGCGUGGCUCCGCUAGCCCGCCGGACGCGCAGAGUUGUGCCUCCACAGCUCAGGCUACCACACUCUUCCAGAUGCGUGCUAUGAAAUCUCUCAGAACAGCAGUCACACAUCCUCCAGUUCCAAGUCUCCACACCUACAUGCGCUCUACCCCCGUGUCAAAAUUUGCGACGUUGUGUUCGCGACGCUGAGCUGCGUCUGACCCGUUUCUGCCUCAUGUGCCCUGUUCAGCUACGUCUUGUCACGAAAUGAAUCGCAAUGCGUACUCUACG